CGGGCGAGAAAAUAAGAAAUUUCAAAAAAAAGGGGGCCGAAGCCAGCUCUUGACCGUUUUCAUAAACACCCUUGUUAAAGAUUUUUCAAGACACUUUUCCUCCUUCCGUUCUGUUGCUUGGUUCGUUGCCAAAGAAACGGGGUGUCUAGUCUCGCGAUACAGUCAAGACGGCUCAACCAGAGAAGACUGGUCCUGAGUAUACAAGUGACACGGGCUUCUAAUAAAUCGCUACCAUGAGAUUAAAGACAUCAAUCUUGAAGGAGCCUAAACAUAAAGAAUUAGUUAGCUGUGUUGGCUGGACCACAGCAGAUGAGCUCUACUCCUGUAGUGAAGAUCAUCAGAUCCUCAGAUGGAAUCUUCUGACAAAUGAGACGACACUAGCAGUGAAACUGCAAGUGGACAUUUACCCAAUAGAUCUUCACUGGUUUCCCAAAACUGUGGGAGGGAAGAAACAAGCACAGGCUGAGGUCUUUGUGCUUACUGGUACAGAUGGCAAGUUUCAUCUGGUUUCAAAGACUGGUCGAAUUGAAAAAAGUGUGGAGGCACAUCGUGGAGCGGUUCUGGCUGGGAGAUGGAAUUAUGACGGGACUGCCUUAAUUACAGCUGGUGAAGAUGGACAAAUUAAGAUCUGGUCAAAAAGUGGAAUGUUACGUUCCACUUUGGUCCAGCAAGGGUCAUCAGUUUAUUCAGUUGCCUGGGCACCUGAUUCUGACAAAAUUCUCUACACUUUAGGAAAACAGCUGGUUAUCAAGCCCCUUCAGCCCAGUGCUAAGGUUUUACAGUGGAAAGCUCAUGAUGGUGUCAUUCUAAAGGUAGACUGGAAUUCAGUCAACGACUUGAUUCUUUCAGGCGGUGAAGACUGUAAAUAUAAGGUUUGGGAUAGCUAUGGGCAUCUUCUUUACUGUUCUGCCUCACAUGACUACCCAAUUACCUCUGUGGCCUGGGCACCUGAUGGUGAAUUGUUUGCUGUGGGCUCUUUCAACACUUUGCGACUAUGUGAUAAAACAGGGUGGUCAUACGCAUUGGAAAAGCCAAACACUGGAAGCAUUUUCAAUAUUGCCUGGUCAGUGGAUGGGACUCAGGUUGCUGGUGCCUGUGGGAAUGGGCACGUGAUUUUUGCUCAUGUUAUUGAGCAGAGAUGGUCAUGGAAAAACUUUGAGAUAAUACUCACAAAAAGAAGAACUAUGCAGGUGAGGAAUGUACAGAAUGACGCAGUGGAUGUUUUAGAGUUCCGGGACAGAGUGAUAAAGGCUUCCCUGUCGUUUGGGCAUCUAGUAGUCACAACGUCUCUACAAUGCUACGUGUACAGUGCAAAGAAUUGGAACACACCGUUGAUUUUUGAUCUUAAAGAAGGAACUGUUAGCCUGAUCCUGCAAGCAGAGAGACACUUUCUACUUGUGGAUGGAGCAGGUAUCUAUUUGUUUUCAUAUGAAGGACGUCUGAUUUCUGCUCCGAAGUUCCCUGGAAUGAGGACUGACAUCCUGAAUGCGCAGACUGUCUCUCUUAGUAAUGACACCAUCGCAAUAAGAGAUAAAGCUGAUGAGAAAGUUAUCUUUCUGAUUGAUGCUCUGUCUGGAAAGCCUCUUGGAGACGGCAAGCCCCUGGUGCACAAGAUGGAGGUAAUGGAAGUUGCUUUGGACCAGUGUGGAAUACCAAACGAGAGAAAGAUUGCUCUAAUUGAUAAGAAUCGAGACUUGUAUCUGACCUGUGUCAGAAGAUUUGGAAGGGAGCCACCGAUUAAUAAAAUUGGCACCAUGGUACAUUCUAUGGCUUGGAAUGACACUGCAAAUAUUCUGUGUGGGAUUCAAGAUAAUCAUUUCACUGUUUGGUGUUACCCUAACACUGAGUUUGUGGACAAGGAUCUUCUGCCAAAAACAAUGUGUAUGAAAGAUGCAAGUGAAUUCAGCAGAAAUCCACAAGUUUUAAACUAUGUGGGCAAUCAAGUUGCAAUCAGAAGAGCCGAUGGCUCCUUGGUGUACAGCUGUGUAUCUCCUUACCCUGCAAUCCUCCAUGAGUACGUCACUGCUUCGCGCUGGGAUGAUGCUCUCAGGCUCUGUCGCUUUGCAAAGGCUUUUCCUUCUGAGGAUCAAACAUUAUGGGCCUGUCUUGCUGCAAUGGCAAUUGCAAGUAAAGAGCUGACUACAGCAGAGAUUGCAUAUGCAGCUAUUGGUGAGAUUGAUAAAGUCCAGUAUAUCAAUUCCAUAAAAGAGCUGCCAUCUAAAGAAUCUUCAUUGGCUUACAUGAUGCUCUUCAGUGGAAAUGUACAAGAAGCAGAGGGGAUUCUUCUUCAAGCUGGAUUGAUAUACCAAGCAAUUCAGGUUCAUAUCAACCUGUACAACUGGGACAGGGCUCUGGAACUGGCUGUAAAAUAUAAGACACAUGUUGACACUGUUCUAGCUUACAGGCAGAAAUAUUUGGAAGAUUUUGCCAAAAAAGAAACCAACAAAAGAUUUUUGCAGUAUUCAGAAGGAGUGGAGGUUGAUUGGGAAAAAAUACAAGCCAAAAUUGAUAUGGAAAUAGCCAAAGAACGAGAAAAAGCAGCUAGCUCUUCUGCAGUGAGAAGCAGCAUGUCCUCCCAUCGGUAGACUACUGAAUCCCUUCAUCCUUCACCCUUGAUAUGCUUGGACAUUCCUUGUCAGUGGGGAUUUAGAGGCUGCUUUGUGCUCACAUGUGUACUUAGUUUAAAAAACACUGUACGAUUUGUUGUGUAAUAUAUGUUAUAUAAUAUGAAUAUUUCUGGUGUGUAAAUAAUGAUAA